AAGCAAAACAACUUUUACGACAUGGAACCAGAUUCAACAACUUUUGAAAUUAAAAAUCAAUCACAUCUUCCGUUCAAUACGAACAUAAGGAAUUUAAAGUUAUACAACGAUUUCACAGAAACCAAUGGAACUGCAAGUGCAGAAAGUCAAUUAGUAGAGAAACUACAACUGUAUGGCUUGAUACCAAGAUCCCUAUCAUGUCCGACAAACAAGUCUGAUUGCAAGCUUAGUGUAAAAACAGCUAGGGUCAUUGAUCGAGUUCAGUGGUCAUGCAAAGGAUGUGGAAAAAGGUCACCAAUAAGGACAGGAUCAUUCUUCCAUAGGUUACCAUGUUCCAUACUACAAACCCUCCAAAUAAUUCUGGCUUGGUCUGAGGAUGCUGAUUUACAAGUAGCUGCAGAACAUUUUGGUGUAAAGCAGAAGGUGGCACGACAAAUCUUUGAUAAACUAGAUGAUCUGGUGAUAAAGGAACAUAAAAAAUGUCUGCUAGGAGGCGAAAAUACAGUUAUUUUGACUGAAUUAUAUCCGGACUGUGUGAACAGACUCUCGCCGGAUACAACAGAUCAACCUCACUUGCACAGAAUACUCAUGUUAGCUGAUACUAAAUUAAUCCCCACUGACUACAGAUUGCAUGUGCUUAGAGAUGAUGCCAAAAAAGGGUUCAAUUUAGAUGAUCAAGCCCUGACAGCAGAAGUUCGUCAAAUCAUAUCAGAGACGGUGGAAAGUAACUCGAUGGUUGUGAACGGCUCGAGUCUACCAAACGUCGAGGGCGCGUCGUCCAUGCAGCAGCUACUGAAUUAUUGUGAUGGCGACAUGAAACAUUUCCUAACUACAAAGAUAUGGCGGCAGGCGGUGACGCUGUGCGCGGCUUCGCGGGACUUCUGCGCGGGGUCAUCGAACGUCGGCGCGUGCGCGGGCGCGGCGCAGCGCUACCUCCACGUCGCGCUCUACCGGCUGCGGCACCGCCACGCGCUCUACGACCACGUGCUCAACCUUGUAGCCAAACAGUUUAACGGAGGGGAUACUCAAAGCGAAUGAAGCAAGGGUAUUCGUCUAUACUAAUAUAUAAAUCUACGGUAGUUUUUACGGAUGUUCCGUUAUAACUACUGAACCAUGCAUCCGAUUGACUUGAAACUUGGUAUCAAUG